AUGGUCACACAUCGCAUGUCAACGGAUAACGUGGAAAAUUUUGUCAAUGAACAUCUUAUGCACGAUUUGCAGAUAUAUGAAUCGGAGCUUAACAAGAUGAAUUCCGAAAUCAUGGAAUACAUGCAGUUGAAGAGUAUGAUCAGUACGAUUUUACAACAUGAAAAUGAAGGUCAAGAUAAAGAAUUCAAAACGCAGGUCAACAUUGGUGGUAAUAUGUUCAUGAAAGCCCGCGCUAUUAAGACCAAUAAUCUACUAGUGGAUGUAGGGUUGAAAGUCUAUGUAGAGUUCACCAUUGAUGAAGCACUGCGAUUCGUAGACUUGAAGAUUAAAAUAUUGUCGAACCAGGCAGAUAUCAUACGUCAGAAAAGCAUAGAAACCAAAGCUAACAUUAAACUGGCCUUGCUGGUCAUAGGAGAUUCUGAACGACUGCAUACCCUUCAGGACACGGAGCAAACCGGUAGAUAAACACUUAGAGUCAAUAAUAUCAAUAAACUAUUUCU